UCCUCAGUAUAGACAUGUCCCGCCAACAGCUCCUCCUUCGCCCUCCUGACCCUCGCCUGCGCUGUCUCUUCCUGCUGCUCCUCGUGAGCGUGGCGGUGCGGCUUUCCUGUGGUGCGGAGAGCUGGUGGGCGGGUAACGGCGAUUUGGUCGUGAGUUGUACAGAUCGCCUCAAGUUCUUCAACAGUAACCAGAGACUUGUGUUGUUGCACUGUGGAGAGACUCAGUGCGAGGAUUACUCCAAUCAUACAUGUGUCCCUGCAGAUGAUGCUGUCAACAGUACGCUUUGCUCCCUAUCGACUCUAGUGGAACCUUCGAAUGCAGAGCGUACGGAAGAUUUCUUGUAUUCUGAUUCAGACCUGUGCGGGGUAUACUUCACAUGUCCCCUUGGCAUGAAGUGGAACGAAGGGGAAGAAGGGCCAGGCCGCCUCGCUGUGUGCUGGGACAAUCAGUGGAGUUCCAUUACUGAUGAAUGCGUCAUCGACCCCUCAGUGCCCUGGGACUGCUCAGAGCUGGCCGACAGAGGGACUAACGAAUCAAAUGUUUACCUAACGAGGCCUAAUGGUGUGACCCAGCCAGUUAGAAGGGUGUGGUGUGACUUGGAUGACGAGCAGGAGGGGGCGUGGACGACCAUUCUCAAGGUGGAUACGAACUCCCAACUCCCUAGCGAUUCCGAAGAAUAUUUCAUUGGUUUCGGUCUUCCUAACACAACUAAUUUCUUUAUUGGAUUCUACCACUUGGCAAACUUGACGUGGGAUGAAAAUUCUUCGCGGCCCCUCGUGCUCCAGGUGUUGCUGACCACCUCAGACGGAGGGGAAUACCACGCCACCUAUGACGAUGUCACCUUUGGAGAUGCUCCUCAAUGCACACUUCUGAGUUUAGGGAGUGUCCACGGCAAUGCAGGAGACGGUCUGAGAGGCGCCGUGGGGCAAUCAGUAGGGGAAAAUCCGACACCUGUCUGGUGGCUGCCUCACGAUCAAACGUCCAAUCUCUUCGACCGAUCGUGGCUUCCGUUGGCUGGAGAGAAGGACGUGUCGGAGGUGGUGGUGCGGGUGCGUCCUCAGGAAUAUGACGCCACUGUAGCGUGCCCACCUCUCGGGGUCAGUCCGGAGACAUGGCGAGUCCCACCUGUCGACAUGAUAGGCCACGUGCCCAACAGCCGCGCUCCAGGUGUCACUGCGAGCAUUACCUGCACUGAGGAGAUGUUCGGGUUUGAUAUAUCUGAUGGAGUGAGGCGGAAGACUGAAUACCUCUUAUGCGAGCAACAAAGUGGAGGACCUGCCUGGAACACUUCUUUCUCUCCCUGCCAGAUCCUGUGUCCCGCGGAAUUUGUACCGUUUCCUGAGGUCAGCACGUGUCUCCGUCAAGAGCCUGCUGUACAAAGUCCCUACGGCGCCACCAGCAGUGCCUUCAAGUGUGCCGCGGCGGGAGGCGCCACCUUAGCUCUGGCUCACGAGAUUAACUAUGACCAACUUAAUACUGACGCCAACCCAGUCCUGACUAUUCACAGAGUGGUGGAUGGCAGCAUCGAGCCGCCUCUCCCUGCCAAUAUGACCUGCAACGAGGAUGCUCAUCACUGCGAGAUUGAUGGCUCUCACAGAUGCGUGGGCGUCAUCAACAGUGAGACGUAUGCUUUGCUAGACUGCGGCGCUUCUGACUACGGGACUCUCUGUCAGCUGCCACCUUCGUGUCCUUCGGGGUUCAGCAACCACCGUGGGCUGUGCUAUGCCGUGGAGUCGCCGGUCAGCAGCCUGAUGGAGGGGCAGCUGAGGUGUGAAGGGCGCGGCGCUUCUCUGGCCUUCCCUCAGACGCGGGAGGACCUGAAAUUCUUCGCUAGGCUUAUCCGACAACACGCAGCAAGUGACGGCUCGAGUGGUCCCUGGAAGGUCAUGCUGGGACUUAAUGACAUAUCUGGAGACUUUACUGCCGAUGGGUUAUUCUUUCCUGAUGAUGAGCUGGUGGAAUUGGCGGACAUCACAGACCCAACCUUGUAUAACAACUGGCGGGUGCUGGAGGUGCCUACUGACGAGGGCACCUUCCCGUCCCUGCUGCCCAUUACCUUCACUGACAACAGCACCACGCACGCCAUCUGCAUGUUGUUUGGUCCCGCUGGCUGCUGGACUGAGCCGCCACCUCUCGCUGCCAACAUGACACAAGUAUGGUAUAACGAAACUAGAGACUUCACCACCACCAUCACCUACAAGUGCCACAGGGGGUACUUCAUGAAUGGAGACACAACAUGGCUAGAACAGAACAUCACCUGUACUGGCAUUUUGGGCGGCUGGUUACCGGGACAUGUGCUUGACUGCAUCCGUGUUGAAGUUUGCAACGACGAGAUUCCUUCAGCGCACGACCUCAAGAACUCCACCAGUGAUGAGGAUAUCCGCUUCCUAGACGGCACCAUCACCUACACGUGCCCCCCGGGGAUGAUGACGGCGGAGGGACAAGUUAAUCAAACCAUCACCUGCUCCGAGAACCCUGAAGGCGAUGGGUAUUCAUUGCAACCUGUUCAGCUGAAGCCCUGCGAUGUUUGUCAAGGGGAACCGUCAGUUGAAAAUGGCACGACCAACUGGAAUGCUACACAACUUUGGAUGGUGAAUGAUGUUGUUAGUGUGACGUGCUUUCCUCAUCACAUACUGCAUGGUGAGCAGGAUGGUGAGCUCCGGUGCACUUCGUCAGGAUGGGAGGAGCGUUUCUGCUAUGAAGGGUGUGCAGAGCCCCCUCCAACUCCCGGGGCCAACAUGAUACAGGGGGAAGGUAAUUACAGCGUAGGAAUUGUUCUGCAGUAUACCUGUGAUCCAGAUUACUUCGUUCCGGCCCAGCAGAUGGGUGACAUAGCGGUCAGCAUGGUGGAGGUGUCCUGUGGGGUGGAUUACAACUGGACGUACGUGGAGCCCCUGGACUGUUAUCGUCUGUGUCAUGGCGAUCCUCCUCCGGCCGUCGACAACAUGACCUCCACCUGGGAUUGCUCCUCCAGGGUCGUGGGGACGCAGAUCAACAUGAGCUGCCCAACAAACCACACCUUCCCUGACCUGAGUGACACCGUGACCAUCACCUGCGAGGAGGACGAGGAGUGGACGCAGGUCAGCGCCUCCUUCCUCACCUGUCGGGAACUGUGUCCUUGGGGGAAUUCCUCGGAGGUCCCUGACAAUGCUAUCAUCCUGCAUGACCCGACUGCUUACUGGCUCGAGAGUGUGAUCCUGUAUGAGUGUCCUGAUGGGAUGGAGUCCGUUCAAGGCAACACCACUGUCAAUGCAACCUGCUUAGAGGACGGUUGGAUUCUUAGUGAGCCUGACUUUGCGUGCUAUACAGUUUGCCCAGAGGAUCCACCUUCUGUCCCACCGCCUGGAAGCAGCGACUGGGAUGGAUACACCAGACUCUUCGGAACCCAGGUCAAUCUCACGUGUCCCAUGAACUACACCUUCGGGGACUUCAACUCCUCCUUCAGUUUAACCUGCGAGAGUGACGGGAACUGGACGUACGUGGACCCGGACAUUCUCAUCUGCAGGAUAGCGUGUCCUUGGGGGAAUUCCUCGGAGGUCCCUGACAAUGCUGUCAUCCUGCAUGACCCGACUCCUUACUGGCUCGAGAGUGCAAUCCUGUAUGAGUGUCCUGAUGGGAUGGAGUCCGAUCUAGGCAACACCAUCGUCAAUGCAACCUGCUUAGAGGACGGUUGGAUUCUUAGUGAGCCUGACUUUGCGUGCUAUGAGGUUUGUCCAGAGGAUCCACCUUCCGUCCCGCCGCCUGGAAACAGCGACUGGAACGGAUACACCAAAAUCUUGGGAACCCAGGUCAAUCUCACGUGUCCCAUGAACUACACCUUCGGGGACUUCAACUCCUCCUUCAGUUUAACCUGCGAGAGUGACGGGAACUGGACGUACGUAGACCCGGACAUUCUCAUCUGCAGGAUAGAGUGCCCCGAGGAGCCCCCAAGCGCCCUCGCCAACACCACAUUAGAGGACGCGGUUCCCCCUUACUGGGUGACCUCCAACGUGACCUACAGGUGUGAGGAGGGCCUUGGGUUACCCUGGGGCGGCACUACCACUAUCCUCACCUGUGAAGAAGAGGGGUGGACAGACUUUCCAGAGGGGCUCGAGUGUCUGCCAGCCUGCAGUCCCCCGCCUCAACCAAAGGGAGGAGAGUACAACCACACGGGGCCGACUCUCUGGGGGACAGUGGUGGAGUACACGUGUCCCUUUGGCUUCGGUGAGAAGGAGGAAGAAGAGGAAGAUGAAGGUGAAGGUGAAGGUCCAGUGGUCCUCUAUACCAGUUGUGAGGAAGGCAACUGGUCCCUCACUGCCAUUCCCAAUUGUUAUGGUAAGUGAUUUCAUUAGUGGUUGUCUCUCUCCUUGAUGUUGAUGAGCUGGGAAAGGAAGACUCUUGCUAGGAAGGGAGGGAAGUGGGCGUAUAUUCUCUCUCUCUCUCUCUCUCUCUCUCUCUCUCUCUCUCUCUCUCUCUCUCUCUCUCUCUCUCUCUCUCUCUCACGUGAAUGAUAAAAACUAACAUUUUCCCGCAAAGUUAUGGUGAAAGUGUUGUUUUUGUGUCUCGCUUUACUUAAUUUUCAAUGUCGUUGGUGUUAAUAAUUCCUUCAGGGACAGGGAGUCUUUGAGUAAUUAACGUUUUCUUUCAUUUUUCAUUCCUUCUUUUGUUUCUUAUUUCAGGACUGAAGUUUCUUGUAAUGUUCUUGUUUUAUUUGAUCUAUUUUUUAUCCAGAUAUUCAAAGUUUAAGUAAUCAUAUUCAUUCAAUCCACUUGUACAUUUAUUUCUUCUUUAAUUCAUUCAUUUCCUUGCAGCCUCACCACGUCAACAUUUUCUAAUAGCACUUGCAGUUUCUCCAUUACAAACUCAAUGUCUCUUGUGAAAAUAAUAAACUUUUUUGCAAUAUACUAAAGAGAAUAGAUAUAAAAACAUUGAUAUUCCAGUAUUACAAUCUAAACUCCAAUUGUCUUCCAGUUACUAAUGCAUUUUUUUCCCUUUUUUUCCUUAUUUUCUUCCCAUAGACCAGGUAUUUACUAUGCAACAUAAUGCUAUAUAUAUUAUGCCCUAUUGUAUAAGGGUAAGAACUCUCUCUAAAGGAUGAGAAUGAAUGAGACUGAAUGAAAGUGAAUGAGAGACCAUACACUACACACAUUACAUUUUUAUUAAACUGUUAUGUCAUAUUUUGAAA